AUGACAAACAAUACCAUCGUCUCGCGGAUACCAAGUCCUCUGGGGAUGCCAAUUCAGAUCUGGCAGAAAGGAGCUAUUCCGAGUUAUCCUGGUACGCUGAUUCGUGCGUCGAGAUAUCUUGGCAAUUCCCGGCUUCUCUGUUCACCAGAUGGAGGCACGAUAUCCUCGGCUGACUUGGUGCUGGACACUGACGACGAUAAGGAACGGACAAGUGGCCUAUGA